AUUACGGACGGUGAUUUAUCAUAUUCUUCUUCCCCAUUGACCAGACAUUUCAAAAGCGGAUUCCUUUUCUUCGUUGCAGUUUUAGGGUUUCUGAAUUCCAAAUCGGCGAUGGCCGGAGAAGCUACCAUCUUCAAGUUUCUGAGCCCAAGGCUUCGCCCACAACCCAUCGAUAUCAGUGCUGCCGCCUUGUGGGGCGUCGCUGCCGCCUCCACUGCUCUUUAUCUCGUCCAACCAUUUGAUUGGUUGAAGAAGACCUUUUUUGAGAAACCAAAGCCUGAGGAGAAGUGAACAGGGCCUCAAAUCUUGGCAAGAUUUUCGUUGUUCAUCUAUCAGGUUGCUAAUGAGGAAACCACAGAUAGAGUUGCUUGAAUAAUGCAGUUUCAUUUUUCUGAUUUACUUUCGGACAGUUAAAUGAUGAGGGUAAUUCCUGGCAGCAUUGUAUAAACUUGACUUUUCAGAUUGUAUUUUUCUCUUGUUAACUCUUGCUCUUGCUUCUGUUUUAAUGUCAAUCAGAAGAAUAAGAUUGCUCUCUCAAAUUUGAAAUUUUUUUGGGACAAUCAAAUAUGGUUGCUAAG